AGAUCUUUAGCGAGUGGUAGUAUUCAUUAUGGGUUUUUUCGUCCGACCUUUCUCUCUUGUUUUAUCGUUGUCGGACUGAGUUGUUUUUUACACUUCCUCUAUAAGUGGCCAUCGACGAAAUGUCUAAAUUAUUUCAUCUCAGCGUUUAUUUGUUACUUCUUUCUCUGGUUCAGAAUUUACUCGUUUACAUUGCCUUCGCAUCCUCAAGCGAGGGUCAUCCACAUGUCCGACAGGAAGUUGUAUUCCCGCCGCGGUUCCUUCCCUCGGAGGAUCCUAACAUUCCAGCUGGACAUUUAAAAAUGUUUGGACUGCAAAGACCACCGAGUGGUCCUGUAGUUGAGUACAACACAGUUCUAAAACCUCAAGAGUUUUGGGAUAAACAUGUGAGUUUGUCGAAACCACUGGUUUUCCGUCAGGCUAUCGCCGACUCCCCAGCGCGACAAAAAUGGAACGACCAAUAUUUAAAGGAAAAAUAUGGCGACUUAGAUGUGUUGACAGAGCUAAAAACAGAGAACAGAACACAUGGAGAAACUUCGAGGAUGUUAUUGGGUGAUUUUAUAGAUGUCUAUGGAAAGGAAAAUCUGUAUGUAGUGACCGUUUUGCCUGACCCGAUGAGGCAAGAUCUUCCGUUGCUCCCCUGUCUGAUGUGUGGCACAUUUAAAGACUUUUUACAUGAACUUAACUUUUGGAUGAGCUCUGGAGGAACACGAUCUGUGAUUCAUUUUGAUGCAGAUCACAACAUCCACUGCCUUGUUGCAGGCCGCAAAGACUUUGUGAUGAUUCACCCUGACUUUGCACCUAUUCUGAAUCUUACUAAGCCUCCACAGUUUGGCUCAGGCUACUCUAGUAUUGAUCCUGAUGUGGUUGACUUGAAUCUGUAUCCAGAUGCUUCCAAAGUGGAGUGGACAUACAGUACUCUUGGACCAGGCGACUGUAUCUUCAUCCCCUCUGGUUACAUACACCAAGUGCGCUCAUACAAAGGCAACCGGACCAUCUCUGCGACAAUGCUUUUCACAGUGACUCUUGAUAACACAUUCAACAAUUCCAGCUGCGAGAAUGAGACAUAUGAGUACAGACCACUUAGUGAUGCUAAAGUGCACUGGACCUAUAAUAAAGGGGACAAGACUAUUGACAUGGGUUAUCAGAAUGUGGAGACAUUCAGACAAUACUUUUUGUCUUCAUUUGAAAAGUUUCAGACUGACAGGUUAACUGACAGGCAAUUUUCCAAACUGAUAGAAGAUAUAUUCACUCUUGAUGAAGAGAUCAUAGAUCUGAUCCAGAGAGACACCUAUGAAAUCUUCCACACAUUGUUAGAUCCAGUUGGCAAGGGAUUUCUCACACCCGAUGAUAUCAAAGCUCUCUCCCAAAAAACAUUGAAAGAAAUUGUGCGGCGCUGUGAGGAACCACAUGGACCUGUUGCUGGAGCUCCUGGUGAUAAAGGAGCUGCUUCCAAAUUAAAAAUACAGACAGAAGCUGAACAAGAUAAACAUAUUGAAAGAGAGAAAGAAGAGAGAGAUGAAUUAUAAAGUUCACGAUGUUGAGUAAUAUCUUUAAAACAUGUCAAAUAGUGGCAUAAUGUAUAGCUUAAAAAACAGUAUUGAAUUAAGACAAUUUAAUAUACUGAUAAAUGACACCACAAAUCAUGUUGGAUUCUGAACAUCUAAACAAAACAUGAACAGCUUUUAGUUUCACUUUUUUUUAUUUUAGUUCUGUGAAAGUUACACAUAAUAAUGAGUGAGAAAUUAAAAUGUAGAGGGACCAGCAUAAAUAAGAGAACAACAAAAUGCUUCCUCUUUGCUCUUCGACUAGAAAAUGGUUUAAUUUUUUUUACAAAACUAAUUGCUGAAAUUGUUCUCAAUUCCAAGGCCAACUCCACUCCAAUACGAGAGCAAUAUUAGAUUUUAUACCACUCCAAUACAAGUGCAGCAUUAGAGUUUGUACCGGACGUGGCCUUAAAUAGUGCAUUGAACAAUACAAUUUUCAGGCUACAAUUUGAAGGCUUCCAAGUAGGAAUGGUCCAUACAUUUUCAUCAAGAAAAUAAAUACUUUAAAACAGAA